UGCAUAAUUAUAUUGUCAAAAGCUAAACGUCUUUAUGUCAUAAUUAUUUUAUAAAUUCAAAGUGUACCGUACUUCUAGAAAACUACAUGCACAAAAUGUAAAAAGAAAUAAUCUAUAAAUAAUGUUUGAACCAAAAGAGCCGCAUUUCAAUAAGAAAAUUAAAUUAACUCAAGAUCCCAAGAAAGCCGCAUACAAUUUCCAAAACAAAUCUAAAACAAACAAUUUUCAAGAAUUUCAAAAAGUGUAUGGGCCCAUUCUAAAUAAACAGAUUAAAAAUGAACCGUCACUUAAAGCUAUACUGCCAAGUUGUGGAUUUUCAUCUAACAGCGAAAUAAAAAUGAUUAGAAUAGAAAUGCCGAAGCUGGGAUCAGAACAUGCUAUUUUGCAUCCCCAUCCAUCUAAAUUGUUGGAAAAAAAAGUUAAUCCAGGAAAUAAUUACACGAGGAAAGCGAUAAGACCAGCGUCCACCAUUAAAUUAUUAAUGGAAGGAACUAAAGAUACGUCCAAAAAACUCAAGCAAAUUCAAAAAAUGCUGGAAGAGAGAAGACGACAGAUAAAACUAGCGCAUUCGAAAAAUAGAAUGAAACAAAAUAGCUUUCAAGAACAAAUCGACAGAAAUUAUGGAUCCACUUUGUCUUUGAUGGAAAAUAAUGCUCACGAAAUAGAUACAGAGAUCAAAACUAUAUUCCAAAAUACGUUUAUGAGACAGAAAGAAAGUCUGCAAGAAAUACCUGAGGAGGAUUUAGAGAAAUUAACAACAGAAGAUUUAAACGAUACAAAAUUAAGUAAUUGGGAAACUACCAAAGAUGUCGAGCCGGUACCGGCGCAAAAGUAUUUUGAACAAGUUGAUAUUGAAGCACCUUCACGACAAAUAGACAUGGUAACGUUUUCGGAGAGAAGCGUUAACAAUCUAAAGCAAAUAAUAGAUAAAAAUAUCAGCAGCAUUAAAUCGCAUUCUGUAGAUAACAGAAAGAAAAAAUUUAAUCCUUCAGAUGUGUUCAAUACCAAACUCCGAUUGGGUCAAAAACCCCAUACGGCUGAGCCGCAACAAAGAAAAAGUUUCGACUCUAAAACUCGAGCGGAAACACAACGAAUGUUUCAUAUAAAAUCCGAAUUGAAUAAAUGUAAAGAAAACAAACCCCGAAAAAUGACCACAGGUAAAAUUAUAUCAAAGAAAAAAGUUGACAAAGAAAAAAUUACUCCAGUACAAAAUUUUAAAGGACGUUUGCAAAUUAAAAAUAUUCCGAAACCGACGAAACAAUUUUUGUUACAAAACCAAAAACUAAAGUUUCCCGAAUCACUUGUUUCUCCAAAUAUAUUGAUAAAGAAACUUCAUAAUCCUAGUUUUUGUAGAAAUAACACAAAAUUGUAAUGAAAUUUUUGUUUGCUGUAUUAUCCUAAAUAAAAUUAAUAUUUGUUUCAAA